UCACCAACUUUUUAUAUAAUCUAAAGAAUAUAUGCACUGCCCUAAUUAGGGCUAGAAACCGCCACAUCAGCACGCCGGCUGACAUGCAACGUGGCAAACAAGGCAGUUAUUCCAGUUUUUUUUAUUGCUACUCCAAAUUGCUGGCUUCCCCAAAUGCUGGAGGAGCAAACGCCUCGCAUUCCCAACGCCCUUCUCUUCCUCCUCCACCGCCUCUAUCUUCUUCUCCUCUUUCUCCCCCUCUUGAUCUUCCUCGCGGCCUCUCUCCUGGAAGAAAAAAGAUAUCUUCUUUGCACAUCCGGAUGACGAGCAUCAGUUACUGAGAGAGAGAGAGAGAUAGAUAGCAGGCAAAUCCAAUCCAAUCUCCCCUCCUCUUUCCUUCUUCUACUCCUUCGCUACGUGUUCUCCCUGUUCUUCGUCUUCUCCUCCCACCCCAAUCUCUUCCAGGAAUUCAUGCAACCGCUACGAUGGACGACAAUGGUGAAACGACCUCUGAUCCCACACAGGCGGGGGAAGCCACCACCACCACUACCACCACCACCACCACCACCGCCGCCGGAAACACUCUGAGCCCAGCGCCGCCACCCACGGCAGCUCAAGCGGUGCAAGCGGCGGUGGCAGCAGCAGCUCCAGCGGCACCGAGAUCAUCGUCACUUCACUCGGCUGGCGGACGGAAUCCAAUAAAAAAGAGGAGCCGGAGCGCUCCCUGGACAGUUCCUGAGAUGCUGACUCUGAUCGACGCAAAGCGGAAGGAGCGAGAGUGGUGUCAGAUGUACAAGCGGGGUGUGAAGCUACCGGCAGCGGAGAGAUGGAGGAUCGUAGCAGCACAUAUGGAGGCCAAAGACAUGGGACGAACGGGGAGCCAGUGCCAGGACAAGUGGGAGAACAUGAUGAAGGACUACAAGGCAGUGCGGGACUGGCAAUGCAUGAUAGGCGGCGCGGCCAAGAACUACUUCAAGGACAUGACCAACAAGGAGAGGAAGGAUGCGAACCUGCCGCCGCAGAUGGACGAGAUUGUCUUCUACAGCUUGCACGCCAUCCAGAGCGAGAAGGAGGAGAAGAAGGAGAUCGACCUGUUGCAGCAGCAGCAGCAACGGGAGAACACUCAGCCUCCUCUCAUCGUACCUUUGGUGCAGCACAAGGACAAGGAGGGCAGCGACGAAGCUGAUGUGAAUUCCAUCGACUCGGACACCAGCGGCAGGAAGAGGGCCAGGAGGCUAGUAAUGGACCAUCACCAGCAGCAGCAGCAGCAGCAGCAGCAACAGCCAGCUUCGGUCUUCGCGGAGAACCCGGUGGUGUUCGACAAUUUUGUACAUGCUAGUAGCAAGGACGGCUCCAAGGAGUUCAUUGACUGCUUCAUGAAGGUGUUAGAAAAAAGCGACAGAAGCCCGGACACGACGACUACCGAGACCAAGAAGAAAAGUAAAGACACUGCACUACUUACCCGUGCAUUGGUGGCUCUCGCAGAUGCGGUGAAAAUGGUAGCACAGAAACUAUGAAGCCUU